AAAUAAAUAAUUUUGCUUUUAAUAUUUGUUUAAAAACAAAAUUAUGAACUGUUUCCACUCAGCCCAGUUGGCUCCCGCCUUCAAUAAACCAUACACUACCCACAUAAAUCCCAUGUGAUAGCUAAGGGACUGUCCUGCAGAACAAACUUGAUGGUACCAAUUAUGAAACAGACUAUACCACUGUAGCUUGCCAUGAUAAACUUGUUUGAACUUGUUAUGUUACUAUUGAUCUGUGAGAUAUUAUAUGCAGGUAGGACAACAUACAUUGUAUUACCUGCUGAAAGGUACACUGCAGGUAACUUGGACAGUACAGGUAGCUUGGACGUUUGCUAAGCAGCUGAAGAUAUUGUCUUCUAGAAAAAAACAUUAGCCAUGCUUGCACUUGUAUCAACAGUUCUGAGUUCUGGAUUAAUUAAGAUUGGCGGUCCGAGAGAAGGAGGUGAUUGAGUCCCGGUCCCGCGUCAUCUCUCGCACCACGGUGCCCACUCUGGGUGCAGCGCCCCCUGGCAGGCCGGAUCAUCACCAGGAGGAUUUGAAACAGAAAAACUAUAAACUGCAAGAAGAGGUGAACAGUCUGCGACGGCAGCUGACCAUGGAUCGAGAUCCUCUGUGCCAGGAAGUACAGCUUAAGAACCAGCAGCUCACUGACCAAGUGCACGAGCUGGAGCGAGCAUUGUCGCACACCUCCGUCGAUAAUGGAGUGACAAUACAAGAGUAUCAGAAACUGUUUGAGAAGAACCAGAAACUGCAGUCGGAUGUGCUGAAAUUAUCGGAGGAAAAUAUCGAGUUACGCUUUGACUCUGAACAGGCCAAGAAAGAUCUUCCAAGGAUGAAGGAGAGGAUUAAUGACCUGCAGAAAUACAAUGAAGCCCUCAAGAUGGAGAACGCCCAGCUGAACGGAGAGACGGCCAGAUCCAUGUCUUCCACCUCCAGUAUCAAACGGAUAGGAGAAAGUGGGAAGAGUACGCGUGAGUUGGAGAAGACGAUUGCGUUGUUGAAGAAAGUGGUUGAGCGACUACAGGCUGAGAAUGAGCAGUUGAAACGAUCGUCGGGAACGACUACCAUCGACCAGGUGACCAUGUACAAGGUGGAGAACGAACACCUCAAGGCACAGCUGGAUGAGCUGCAGCACAAGAUGGGAGCCACGCUGACCGAACGUUACACCAGCCAACAGAAGGGAACCGCCAAGUUGAUGGCCGACUUCGAGAAAAUGCGUCAAGACCUUAUCAAGGAGAAAGAUACUAACGAGAAGCUGCGGAUCAAAGUGCGAAACCUGGAGGUGCACCAGGGUCACCAGGACAAGAAGUUGACAGACACGCAGUCGAAGCUGGAGAUAAACGAGGCAAAGCGUGGGUCCUCACAGAACAUGGACUCGCAGGGCUGGAAGUCGGCCGUCGUUACUCGCAUGUACGAGAAGAAGAUAAACGCACUCGAGCUGGAUUUGGAGAAAAAGAACAAGUUAUUGAUGGAUACCAAACAGUUGUUGAAAGAUUCGGCCGAGAGAGAAGAGAAUCUCAUACAGCAGAUUGAUGAACUCAAGAGAAAAAUGCAGGUGGUGGGAAGACUUCCGUCUGGAUCUGGUGUCCACGAUCUCAACCUCAUGGAAGAGUUUCAAGAAGCCCGGUUGAAAAUCGAGAUGCUUGAAAAUCAGAAGAAAGAAUUACUUGGAGAACUCCGACUUCGUAGACAGCAAGGUGGUGGCAGCAACAUGCAUCUGGAUGAUGAUAUUUUAACAAAAGCAGAGAAUUAUGAUAAAAUACUGGCAGACAAUAUUGAACUCCGAAUGACGACCAAAUCAUUAAUUCUGGAGAAAAACAAACUGCAGGCAGAGUUGAAGAAGAUGAAAAAAGAACUAGAGCAUUUUGGGCCAGAGUUUUUUGAGGAGGUUGAAGAUAUGAAAUACAACUACAAAAGAUCUGUUGAGAAAAAUAUACUGUAUGAAGAGAAACUUAAACAAAUCUCUAGGCAGUUUGGAAUAUCUCUUAAUAUUCCUGACCUUGACUGAAUGUCAAUAUUUAUUUGUGCAAGGAAUUUUAAGUGCUAUUCAGUCUUAAAUUAGUCAUUAGGAAAUGUGCCUUGAAGAAGUAUUAUUGUUCUGUAAAGAAGAAGUGGUUCGCUUUGUCCAGUGGAAAUAUUUGGGGGUGGGGUUGGUGCAUUAGGAAAUGUGACAAAAUGAAAACCGUGUAUUAGAUAAAGUGGAAGGCAAUAUAAAUUAAACCAUAUCGAUUUGCUGUGAUAGAAUAAGAGAAUAUUGGUUAUAUUCACAGCUGUAUUAAAGUAGUAAUUGUGGCUUGAAAACCAAGUUGAAGCAUUGUCAAUGAAAAGACGUAAGAAAAGAAAAAUAACAAUGCCUGAAAAACGGAGAAGCUGCUAAACUGACUGCAGUGUUUGUCAGGAUCACUCUCACUUCUCCACUCACCUAGACACUUCACGUGAUUGCCAGGAUCACUCACUUCUCCACUCAACUAGACACUACGUGAUUGCCAGGAUCACUCUCACUUCUCCGCUCACCUAGACACUUCAUGUGAUUGCCAGGAUCACUCUCGCUUCUCUGCUCACCUAGACACUUCACGUGAUUGCCAGGAUCACUCUCACUUCUCCACUCACCUAGACACUUCACGUGAUUGCCAGUCUGGCACCAUUUUACAACAGUGAUCGUCAGCUUGCCUUCAUUUUGUUGAUGACAAAGACUGGAACAUGAAAAUGGCUUUCCAGGACUAGAUAUUUGAAGCUGGGGUGGUGGGGCAACUACAAAACUUUUAUCUUUGGAUGGCUUCAAAUAUGAUUUUCUAGAAUCUUAAAAAUAAAAUGUUUGGAGGGGUGGUAGAAUUGGCAAACAAGGCAAGAAGGCACAGUAUUUGACUUUAAGGACAGGAUUCCUUGUGGUUCGUUGUUACUAUAAUAAUGAAUAUUAAAGUUGUGGAAGUUAAUUAUAAAAGGAACUUGAAGUCAAUUUUAAAACAAAAUUUUUUGUAAUAAUUUCCUAGAAUUGACUGGAUCUUGAAUAUAUGUAUUAAUUGCACAAAUGUGUUAUUUGACACAAAGGCUUGGAUGUUACGUGUACAUGAAUAAAACAAACUUAAAAUAUAUUGUUUAGUUGCUGUACAAUUCUACACAGGUCUACUUCACCCACCAUUAGGCAGUUACAACUGUGUGUAUUUUGUUCUAUGCCAUUGGGUGUGUUAUUGCUUUUAUAAACUAAUGAUGCCAAAUAAAAUAUUUAAGAAGGAAAAAAAGUGUGUGUGUAUAUAUAUAUAUAUAUAUAUAUACACACACAGUAUAUAUAUAUAUAUGUAUAUAUAAUAUUUAUAUAAAUCAGCUUUAAGCCUGUUUGCCUUAUGUACCAUUUAAAAGUGAGCUUGAUGUUCAUAGUGCAUGUAUUUAUUUGUGAUAUUGUUCAUCCCAGUUGGGGAAGAGGUUCAGUCUGAGGAUUAUAAAGAUCAGGAUCUGUGUGAUGCAACUGAAAUACUUUAUCAGUAAUAUCAUCUGUGUAAUUUGUUCUCAUUUAGUUUUAGUAACUGAAAUACAUUAGUACAAAAUGUAUGCUGCAUUUCCCCGAUAGUUUUUAUUAUGACACCUGGCAGAUGAGAAUGGGUGCAAACAAUUUAAUCAUAUAAAGUCCAAAAUUGGCAGAAAUCUACAAAACCUAUAUAAUUGUUUGGUGAACAAACUGUGCAAGGUUACAAUGUAACUUACAUGCACAGCGGUGGGUCAUCGGUAAACCUUUUAUAUUGUCAAUAGAUGCCACUAGUAUAUAUUUAUAGGACGUUAUAAUUAGUUCAAACAAAAGCAUAGUGGGGUUUUGUUAAAUCAACAUGUUAUUAGUUUUGUAAAAACAUUUGUAUUGUUACCAUUGCUAUUACUUCACAAAUACAUGUAUUUCUCAUCUAGUUCAUUUUGACAGAGGAAAAGAACCACAUAUAUAAUCAAUGACUAGACAACAUUGUUUGCAAAGUGACAUUCUAGACGUGUAGAACAUUGUUUGCAAAGUGACAUUCUAGACAAUUAGAACAUUGUUUGAAAGCUUAUUUAUGGAUGUUUUUCAGUUGACAAAGGAUGUAAGAAUUAAGUCGGCAGUAGACCCCGAUACAUUAUCAUUUGUUCUAUUUAGCCGUGAUUCAUAAAAACAUAACCCUACAAGAGGAUUCAUUAUCUGUGAUAACAUAAUUAUUGUGAUGUUUUGUAUUUAAUGUCCGUCCUAGGCAAUUCUUUUGUCAUAUAUUUAUUUCAAGAUGUAUUUCAGAAUAAAUAAUUUACUAUGA